CAGGAGAAAUUUUGUCAAACUUAUGUAAUACUAGCUCUCUGUACCAUCUGGGCUUAGCAGACAAUCUUUUUGAAGGCAGCGAUGUAUUUAGCAGUAUUCUCAUGAACUGUGGAAAUCUGCAAUAUCUGGACGUAUCUAUAAAUAAUCUUAGUGGUGUUAUAUCACCAGAGUUUUUUGAGAUGCACACCUUGCUAUUAUAUCUGGGUUUGAGACAGAACACAUUCAGUGGUUCUAUACCUCUGGAAGUAGGAAAGCUGAUGCACAUGGUAAAUUUCACUGUCGCCUACAACAGAUUUUCUGGAGAAAUACCCCCAUCGCUUGCUGAUUGUUUGGAUUUAGAGACUCUUGAAAUGCAGGCCAACUUUUUCGAAGGGACGAUUCCCUCAAAAUUGGCUUCUCUGAAAGCCAUCCAAGUAUUAGACCUUUCAUUUAACAACUUGACUGGACAAAUACCAAGAGACCUUGAGAAACUUCAGCCGUUGAGGUAUCUGAACCUUUCUUAUAAUGACCUUUAUGGGAAGAUACCAACAACCGGAAUAUUUGGGAAUGCAAGCCUAAUAGUUUUGAUGGGAAACAACGAACUUUGUGGAGGCAUUACUGAAUUGCAUUUCCCGCCUUGUCCAUUGAUCAUGGGAAAGAAAAAGGAAAAGCAUAAGAUCAUUGUUCUAUUAUCCACAGUUUUACCAGUAACAUUCUUGGCUCUUGGUAUAAUAUUGUUGUUCUAUUUGGGGGUAUACCAAAAAAGAUAUCGAAGAGAAGCCAGCUCAUCUUUUGUGCUCCCAACAGUCGAUAAGCUGUUAAGAGUUUCUUACCAUGAACUCCAUCGUGCUACUUUGGGAUUUUCUCCAGAAAACUUGAUCGGAUCAGGAAGUUUUGGGAUUGUUUACAAAGGCAGGCUAGAUCAACACGGAGAUAGGCUUGUUGCAGUUAAAGUUCUUGACCUUCAGAAGAAUGGGGCUUCUAAGAGCUUCAAGGCUGAGUGCAAAGCACUAAGAAACAUCCGCCAUCGAAAUUUAGUCUCCAUCUUAAGUUAUUGCUCCAGCGUUGAUUCCAAAGGUCAUGAAUUCAAGGCUCUAGUUUACGAGUUCAUGGAAAAUGGAAAUCUUGACUUGUGGUUGCAUCCAGAAACAACUGAUCAAGCAACAACAUCCAGCUGCCUUAAUCUUUUUCGGAGGCUGAAUAUUGCAAUUGAUGUUGCUUCAGCGGUGCAUUAUCUUCACAACCAAUGUGAAACAACAAUUGUUCAUUGUGAUUUGAAGCCAAGCAACAUUCUUCUUGACAAUGACUUCGCUGCUCACGUGGGUGAUUUUGGAUUAGCAAGGCUUCUUCCUGAAACCAUCAGUACUUCUUCUGACCAGGGAACCAGCAGUGCUGUUGCAAUUAAAGGAUCAAUCGGAUAUGCAGCUCCAGAGUACGGGAUGGGUCUCCCUGCAUCAACUCAAGGCGAUGUGUAUAGCUAUGGGAUAUUUCUGCUGGAGAUGAUCACAAGAAGGAGGCCAACAGAUGAUAUAUUAACUGAUGGCCUAAAUCUUCAUAACUAUGUUAAUGUGGCUCUGCCUGAACAAGUUUGCAAGAUUGUGGACCCGUUACUUCUUUCAAAAGGAGGAGAUCAGUACAGAGAAAUGACUCCAGGAGAGGAAAAGAUUAAUGGCAGAAGAGAGAUGGAGUGUAUGAUUUCCCUGUUGACAAUUGGACUCGAGUGCUCUGCAAGAUUACCAAACGAGCGGAUGCACAUGAAUGAAGCUCUGAGAAAAUUACAUCUCAUUAGGGACGUGUUUCUUGGUAUCAGGCUCAUUGAAGUCCCCAAUACCAUGUGGGGAUUUCGCUCAUCAUCAACAUUAGCAAACAUGUUUCUCCUUCUCUUAGUUGCCAUGAACCUUUCAGUAAGCCAUGUUUCAGCUUCUAAACAAUUUCAAAAUGAGACUGAUCACCUUGCUCUGCUUGAAUUCAAGAAUCAGAUAUACGACGACCCGUUUGGAGUCCUGAAUUCCUGGAACCAUUCACAACACCAUUGUCGGUGGGAAGGAGUCACAUGUAGUUCUCGACAUCAAAGGGUCAUGGCCUUGACUCUAAGGCAUAAGCACUUGUUUGGAACUGUAUCUCCCCAUGUCGGAAAUCUAAGCUUCAUGAGGUUCAUCCAUCUUGAGGAGAAUCAAUUCCAUGGUGAGGUUCCCCAAGAAUUCGGUCGCCUCUUCCGGUUAAGAGUCUUGAACCUGUCAAAUAACGCACUCGGAGGAAAAAUCCCAGCAAACCUGGGCUACUGCUCAGAGUUGAUAACUAUUAACCUAGCGGGGAACAAUCUGGAAGGGAAAAUUCCGAUGGAUGAGCUGAGCAAUUUGAAGAAGCUUGAAAAUUUUAAUAUUUAUUCAAACAAUUUGACAGGAGAGAUUCCCUCCUCCAUUGGGAACUUAUCAUCAUCAUUGAUCGGACUCAGCCUGGGCUUCAACAAUCUGGAGGGAAAUUUGCCCAAGGAGAUGGGGCUCUUAAAAAAGGUUGCUGUGUUAAUAGUAGGAGGAAAUAAACUAUCUGGUAUAAUCCCUGCCUCCAUCUUUAAUAGUUCAGCCAUUACUGUCAUUUCAGUGGGCGGCAAUUCCUUUCAUGGCAAUCUCCCAACCAACAUAGGUCUCACCCUACCAAAACUGAAACGAUUAUAUGUGGGGGGAAACAAGUUCUUUGGAAACUUUCCGACUUCAAUCACCAAUGCUUCUGGGCUUGAGCUAAUUGCGAUUCCUAGUAAUGAGUUUAAAGGCCAAAUUCCAACUAAUUUAGGAGAUCUGACAAAUCUUCGAUUUUUAAAUCUUGAAAGAAACCUCUUCGGCAGUAAUUCAACUGGAGACUUAGAUUUUAUUGCAUCAUUGACCAACUGCAGUGAUCUAAGCGUUUUUUCGUUGAGUGGCAAUAAUUUUGGAGGUAAUAUACCUAAAGUCAUGGCCAAUCUCUCACAUCAACUCACUGAAUUGUACAUGGGGGGGAAUCAACUGUCAGGAACUAUUCCAGAAGGGUUUGGACAUCUUGUCAAUUUAUAUAUCCUUACCCUUGAAGCAAACUCUCUUUUUGGGCUCAUUCCAAGAGAUUUUGGCAAAUUACAAAAUUUGCAACUUCUGAGUCUAGCGCAAAAUGAGUUGUCAGGACAGAUAGUCCCCACCCUAUGCAAUGCCACUGUUCUAUACCGUCUAGAGUUAUCAACUAACCAGUUUGAAGGGGGUAAUAUAUUUGACAACGUUCUUAUGAACUGUCAAAAUUUGCAAUAUCUGGAUAUAUCUCAAAACAAAUUUACUGGAAUUAUAUCACCACAGUUUUUGCAGACGCACUCAUCACUGAUGUACAUGAAAAUGGGUGAAAAUUCGUUUAGCGGUUCUCUGCCUUCUGAAAUUGGAAAGCUUAUACAUUUGGUGGAUUUCAAUGUUUCCCACAACCAACUUGCUGGAGAUAUACCCAUAUCACUUGCUGAUUGUUCAAAUCUAGCGAAUCUUUCCAUGCAAGCCAAUUUUUUCCAAGGAACAAUUCCACCAAAUUUGGCUGCUUUGAAGAGCAUCCAGCAAAUAGACCUUUCGAGUAAUAACUUGACUGGUCCAAUACCCAGAGAACUUGAGAAGCUUCAGUUUUUGAGGUACUUAAACCUUUCCUAUAACGACAUCGAGGGAGAGGUACCAAACACAGGGAUUUUCAGCAAUGCAAGUCAAAUAUCAUUGAUUGGCAACAACAAACUCUGUGGAGGCAUUCCAGAAUUGGAGUUCCCACCUUGCAGAGUUAUCAGAUGGAAAAACAGAGGAAAGAUGAAGGUUAUCAUAUUGCUGUCCAUUGUUUUACUGGCAACGCUUCUGGUCCUUGGUACAGCAUUGUUAUAUCUCUUGGUAUAUCGAAAAAGAGAAAGAAGACUGGUGGCCGGAUUCUCUAGCAUGCCUACAAGAGUCAAUAAGCUCUUGCGAAUUUCUUACCAUGAACUUCAACGUGCAACUUCAGGAUUUUCUCCAGAAAACUUAAUUGGUUCAGGACAUUUUGGAGCUGUCUACAAAGGCACACUAGAAAAACAUGGUAAUAAGCUUGUAGCAGCUAAAGUUCUUGAUCUUCAAAAGAACGGAGCUAAAAAAAGUUUUAAGGCUGAGUGUAAAACAUUGAGAAAUAUUCGCCAUAGAAACCUCGUUUCUAUCGUGAGUUAUUGCUCCAGUAUUGAUUCCAAGGGUGAUGAAUUCAAAGCUCUAGUCUAUGAGUUCAUGGAAUAUGGAAAUCUGGACUUGUGGCUGCAUCCUGCAGAGACAACUGAUCAAGCAACAAGCUCAAGAAGUCUUAAUCUUUCUCAGAAGCUGAACAUUGCAAUUGAUGUGGCUUCAGCAUUGCAGUAUCUUCACAACCACUGUGAAGCAGAGAUUGUUCAUUGUGAUCUAAAACCAAGUAACAUUCUUCUUGACAAUGAUCUUGUUGCCCAUGUGGGUGAUUUUGGAUUGGCAAGGCUUCUCCCAAAUCCCAACAACAGAUCUUCCCAGCAGGGAACCAGCAGUGCUAUUGCUAUAAAAGGAACAAUCGGUUACGCAGCUCCAGAGUAUGGAAUGGGUCAUGCGGCAUCAACUCCAGGGGAUGUCUACAGCUACGGCAUUCUUUUGCUAGAGAUGAUCACAAAGAGGAGGCCAACAGAUGAUAUAUUGAUAGGUUGCAAUUUAUUCAUUUAUUUUAUUAUUAAUUCCUCCUAUUACCUGACUUGAUGUGGAUUUAAUUGCUGGAUUCUACUCAUUUUUAGUAUUUGACGUUUAUUUCAGGGAGUAGAAUAUAAAUAUGAUAACAGGUGCCAAAUUGAAAAAAAAAAAAAAGAAUUCAGAUGAGAAAGCUUGUCCCAGGACACUUUUGGAAGAGAAGAUGUCAUGCCCAUUUUGGUAAUUUUUGCAAGGGAAUGACAGACAGAGGGCUUCGCUUCCUGUGGAGGUCCCGCCGCAAUUAAAAGAAGGAAAGGCAGCAAGCCGGGGAUCUGGCUUGUUCUUGAUUUUCCGUCUGGAGCUUAGCAGCCAUUUUUGACUUUUCCAUUGUAAUUCACUUUUUGGCUGGAGGAGCCUACGGAUGUUAGGAAGAAAAGGCAUUUGUUAGCCUUGGGCUUUGACUUUUCCUUUUCCUCUCUUUUGAAUCCUGCGCAUGGCAGGAACAUUGGAGAAUUGCUUCUUUUGACUUUUCUUCUUUAGCUUGAGACGAAGUGAAAACCACGAACUUUUGUAGCUUUUCUGUUCAUUCGAUAUAUUGAGACGAAUUGGAUUUUGC